GAUCUGCAGCCCCGAGUUUCUGGGGGUGGGAGGAGGAGGAGGAGGAGGAAGAAUCCCGCGCAGCUGCCCGAGGCUGGGCCGGGUAGGCGGAGCUGGACAAGGGACCGGGAACGGCGUUCGCUCCCUCCGUUUAAAGGAAAGGGGGAGGCCGAAGCGAGCUGGUCUGCCCGGCGGAAGCGGCGAGCCCUGGGAUGGGAAGAGAGCAUGUUGUCUCUUUAUCGCUCCUUAUUGAUCCCAACUCGCCUGAUGUUGAAGCUCUCGAACGUAGCAGCCUGGCUCGCUGUGUACGGUGGUGCCUGCCUCGCUGCCGCUUACAACCUUUCCUGGGCUCUCUGGCUGGUGUUGACUCGGGGACCCAGGCACGUCUUCCACAAGAAGAAGCGGGACACGCCGCCAAGCUGCCUCACUGAUUCCUCAUAUGGACAGCACCACUACCUGACACUCAAGGACUCAGGACUGCGUCUCCACUAUGUCAUGGCUGGCCAAGAAGGUGCGCAACUGAUGCUUCUCUUGCAUGGAUUUCCUCAGAACUGGUUCACGUGGCGCCACCAACUGCAUGAAUUCAAGCAAGCAUUUAAGGUGGUGGCCCUUGAUUUGAAAGGCUAUGGCUCUUCUGACGCACCAGCUGGUCGUGAACACUAUCACAGGGAUUCUGUGCUAGAGGAUGUGCGAGGUGUAGUGGAAGCCCUGGCCUCCAGUGAAAAGAACGCAACACCUAAGUGCAUCCUAGUGGGUCAUGACUGGGGCGGGUGCAUUGCCAUUGAAUUUGCUGCCACUUAUCCCAACAUGGUGGAGAAGCUGGUCAUCAUGAACGGUUGUCAGUCACAGGUCUUCCCAGAAUAUAUUCUUCAGCAUCCCAGCCAGCUGCUGAAAUCUGAAUACAUGUUCCUGUUCCAACUCCCCAAGCUGCCAGAGUUCCUGCUGUCCUUGGAUGACUUCUGUUAUAUAAAGCAACUUUUCACCAGCAAGAAGGCAGGAAUCCAGAAUCCAGCACGGCGUUUGACAGAGGAGGAGUUGGAGGCUUAUAUUUAUGGCUUGGCACAACCUGGCCGUUUGACUCCACCGCUGAAUUACUACCGGAACAUGUUCACCUGGGGUCCAGCGAAGUGCAAGGACAUACUGAUGCCCACUCUGCUAAUCUGGGGAGAGAAGGAUGCAUUCCUGGAACCAGGGGUUGCUCAGCUGAUGAAGCACAAUGUCCGGAAAAGUGUUCAGGUGAAGCUUAUCCCUGAAGCCAGCCACUGGACACACGAGGAUCAGCCUGAAGAGAUCAAUCAACUCUUAUGGUCUUUCCUGUUGGAAAGAGGGUGUGAGGGCGAGACACAGUAAGUGCUCCACAUGGCAUGCAGGAAAAGAGCCACAGAGGCAACUUGGUGUGAAUCAGAGUGCUGGUCCUUUCCAGUGUUCAGCAGGGUCUUUCCUGUACUACCUUGGAACCCAAGUCCCAUGGAAAGGGAUGUUUUUGCCCCUAGUAUCUUACACUACAACCAGGAAAGCUGCUUUGAGGUUUCUGCUUGAGUGAAACCAGAGACAACUAUAUUUGGCCAAAGGGCUUUGGAGUCACUUCCUGUUGUGGAAGGCACCGACGCCCUCUAGAAGAGCAAGCCUUUCCUUCUCUGUUUCAUGUCCUCUGUGCCUUGACGUGGUGGAAUCCUAAGUGAAGCCCUAUGGGUUUCUGUGCUCUUCCUUGUUUUCCUUUUCACCAACACUUCCCAGCCUUGGCAACUUGCACUGCAAGGGCUACAAGGGAAAGAAACUCAUUCGGAUCCUUUUGAAAUCAAAAUGAUUGCAUCCUCUGCCUUUAGUGUGUGUCUGGAAAGUGCUGUUAUACUUCAGGAGUAGGUUGCCUCUUAACAUGAGAGGUACAAAUGUACCUGUAAACUCAAACAACAGGUUUUGGAUGUGUUGAGGAGAGGCUGGAAAUUAUCUGUUGUGCUGACCAAAGAGAAGGUGUAAUAAUCACCUUUUUUUCAGCUUCUGGAAAGUUUUACAUCUGUCUGGGGGAAAAAUGCCAGCCAUGCUUUGGAAGCACCAUCAGUUUUUCCAUGAAGAUACAUUUGUAUAAAAGAAGGUUUUUGACAUUACAGUUGUUUUUCCUAACCUGACCCUGUUCCACAUAGCCUGUGUUUGGAAAUGGAAAGGGAAGACACUGUUGCCUUUUGGGGAGGUUCCAACGAGAGGAGGAGGGUUUCCUGGAUGGAUUGCGCUAGGAGAUGUGCUAUUGCUGAUGAGGUGAGAUGGGAGCAGAGGAUGAGGCUUUAAUCCUAAUGCUUGACUAAAGGCAGCUGUUUCAGCCCUCAGGGACAGGCACCUGGAGCAGGCCUCCAGCUUUCCUGAAGAACAUGUUCUGGAUUGGAGAACCUGUGGUGGAUCUCUCUCUCUCUGCAGUGAACGAGACCAAGUUAAGUGUGCAUGUCUGAAUACAUGUUGACUUUGUGUGCAGCUUGGCCCUUCAUGGACAUCUAAUGGUUUUCAUGCACACACACCCCGCACGCACACACACUUUUUUUCUACAACGCAUUAUGCAUAACCUGGCAUAAUUGCCUUGGGCCAAUUCAAGAUGCUUUUUUCUACACUCUUCUUUUAGGGUAGUUUGUUGGCAUGCCACAAUAUAUAAGCAUUAUUAAUAGUAGGUGAAGAGUCCCAUUAGGUACAGGUCAAAGUGCCCGGAGAUGCGGCACACAUAUUACAGAUUGCAGGUAAAAACAGAUCUUUAUUGUGUUAUAGCUGGUGAAGCCUUGAUGUGAGAACAAGGGGCACCAUAGUGAAAUGUCAGCUGUCACACACACACCCUUUUUUUGCUCUUUGGCAAGAGCACACAGAUGUUUGCCCCCUUAUUCCUCAGAAUAGUGUGUUGCUCCACAGUCAUAUAAAUAAUUAAGCAUGUUAUUUCCAUGCCCUGCUAUUGUUGCUGAUGGAACAGAGAACAUGUCACAGGCCAAGAGUUCCCAAACUUGGAAGCUAGGUGUUUUGAACUACAACCCCCAGGAGUUCUCACCAUUAGCUUUACUGGCUAGUGUUUCUGGGAAUUGUAGUUCAAGGACCUCUGACUCUCCAGAUUUGGGAACUACUGCCUUAAGGUCUGCCUCCAUCAUAUUGUGGCCAGAAUUCUGCUGGUGUUUGUGGAGUAGCUCUGUAACUUGCUGUGGCUAAUUGACAAGGGACUGAGCCCAUAUCAGUCAUAUGGAUCCUGGCACUUCAUCAGUUAGCUAUGGCGAAGGAUGGGUUUACUCCAUAAAUAUUGAAAGGAUCGUGACCUGUAUUUGUGCACCUUAUCAAAAUGAAUACUUUGAGUAAACUCUAUGCUUUUUCAUCUCCUGUU